UGCUUUCAUGGUAUUCAUUUGCAAUCAAAUGAGAGAUAAAUAAGUAUUAUAGAUAUUCUUAGAAUAUAUAAAUGGAAUUGAUUCAUGGUAAUGUAAAUAAAGUAUGUUUUGUUGCAACUUAUCAAUCUUCAUGAAAAAUUAUGCAUAUAAUUUAAGAGAUAGGAACUACAUUUUGAGUAUAAAUACCUGAGCAACUGUAUAGAGUACAUUUUUAAUCCGUUUAUAACUGGUUUUUAGUUACUAAUAAGAUAUAUUUGUUAGUAAUUGAUCUAUUAGUUUAACAUGAUUCAACAUAAAACUGUUUUAUUUAUCUUGAUAUUGGCCAUUGUAAAAAGUAAAUGCAGCCCCAAAAUAUCUUGGGAUCCAAAUAUUAUAAAAGAAAAUUUAGACAAAAUAAUACUUGAUAAACAAUCUUUUGUAACAUGUUCUCAAGAGGAAAUUGUAAAUUUAAAAGGAUUAAAUUUAAAUAGUAUACCAACAGAAUUAAUUAAAAGUAAAACAAUACAGGCAAUUUCAUUAGAAAAUAAUGAAAUAAAUAUAGUUCCUAGCGAUAUAUUUUAUGAAAUUCCAAAUUUACAGUGUCUUGAUCUAGCACGGAAUAAAAUUUUGCCUAAUAAUCUUGAAAUGAAACAUGAUCAUUUAAAAAUAUUAAUUCUCGAUUAUCAAAAGAAUUUAGAAAGUAAUAGAAACGAUGAAAUCUUUUUACCAGUCAAAAUAAAAGGGCGAUUUCCAAAUUUGAAAACGUUAUCUUGGAAAAAUUUCAAAAAUGAUAUUUUAACUUCAAUAAUAGUAUCAUUUCCGAGAAUAAAUAAUAUUUAUUUAUCCGAUUCUAAUUUACGAUAUAUAAAUAAUAAUAUAAGCACGAUAUUUCCGUAUGCGAAAAAUAUCCAUUUAGAAAAUAAUUUGAUCAAUCAAUUUAUUGGAUAUGAUUUUAGAAAUGUGGAAGAAUUAUAUUUGGAUAAUAAUCCUCUUUAUAAUCUCUCGUUCAAUCCAAAAUAUACAAAAAAUCUAAAAAUUCUUUCAUUAUCAAAUACUACAAUAAAUUUUCCUAAACUCAAAAUUCCAUCGUUAAUAACAUUAGAUUUCUCUCAAAAUAAAUUUCAUAUUGUAGAGGAGAAUAUGUUUGAAUAUAUAUUGUCUUUAGAAAAUUUGAUUUUAAGUAAAAAUGAAUUUAUAAAAUUUCCAAAUUUAAUUUUUUUAAAUAAUCUUAAAAAAUUAUCAUUGGCUUACAAUAUAAUUACCAAUGUAAAAGAUAUAAGUGUAACAAAAUCUUUAAAAAUGUUAAGUCUACGAGGAAAUCAAAUAUAUAACAUCGAUAAAAAAGCGUUUUUCGAGUUUAAAGAAUUAGAAUUUUUAGACUUAUCAGAAAAUAAAUUACAAUCAUUACCGUUUGCUUGGGAUAAAAAUUUGUCAAUGUUGAAAUAUCUCAACUUAGAGUCAAAUUAUUUUUUAAAAAUAGAAGAUAUGAUGUUGAAUUCAUUAUUUACUUUACAGAAACUUUAUAUAAAAAAUAAUGAUAUCAUGUCGACAGAUUUAAAUAUAUUAAAAAUUAUACCACAAAACUGUACCGUAUAUAUUUUUUGAAUAUUAUCACAUACAAUAUAAAUAAAAUCUAAAGGAUUAAAUAUAUUUCAAUUGUCACAUUUGUAUGUUGAAUUUCUCGCUUAUCAUUAUUGUUAAACUGUCAUUAUUCAUUAUUAUUAAUUGUUAUUAG